CCUCACCGGCGUCACCUUCUGCGGGUGUGGCUUCCUGGGGGUGUACCUGGUGGGCGUGGCCUCCUAUUUGCAAGAGCACGUCCCUCGUGUGCUGGAGAAGCAGUUCGGCGGAUCUUCUGUGGGUUCUUUGGUGGCGAUUUGCCUCAUCUGUGACAUUCCCCUUUACCACAUCCGACAGAAAUUACUCGACACAGCUAAGGAAGCCAACAACAAGUUCCUUGGGACGCUCAGCCCUUCCUUCUCCCUGGAAACGCCUCUGCUAAGGGCCUUGCUAGACUUGCUACCCGAGGACGCUCACAUCAAGGCUUCCGGAAGACUCUACCUCUCACUCACUAAAGCUUCUCGACUCUCUAAUGAGCUAGUAAGCGAAUUCAAGACGCGACAGGAGCUCGUGCAAGCUCUCAUCUGCUGCUGCUACGUGCCGGUCGUUUCGGGGUUCUCCGUGCCCAGUUUCAAGGGAAACUUGUACGUCGACGGAGCGAUGAGCAACAACUUGCCGCUGAAGGGCCCGAACACCAUGAGCGUCCACGCCUUCGCCGGCGACUUCGACAUCUGCCCUGAAGACCAGGGUUUCUCCAGCCCCUUGAUGGCCACGGCCUUCAACCAGCGUCUCUCUCUCAGCCUCGCCAACGUCAGGAGAUUCGCCUGGAGCCUCGCCCCGCCCGUGCCGGAGGAGCUCGACAAGUUCUACUACGAGGGCUACGCCGACGCCCGGAGGUGCAUCACGCAGAGCUUCAAGCUGUGAGGGACGAGGGGAGUGUUAUAAUGUGCAUAUGUAUUAAAACAUGCAUAUAUACUGUACACUGAGUGUUCACACACACAUACGCAGUGUGUGUGUAUGUGUGUGUGUGUGUGUGUGUGUGUGUGUGUGUGUGUGUGUGUGUGUGUGCGUAAUUGUGUGUCUAAAUAUCUGCAUGUGCAUGCAUAUGUGUGUCUGCAUGUGUACAUUUUCCGAUGAAACAUUCAUGAGUAUAGAGAUACUUAGACUCUUACACAUAUGACCGCGUGUAUAGGCAUAAAAAAAUACAAAAUAAAAUUUGUAAGGCAA